GGGCAAUCAGGCAGCAAUCUAAGGCAUCAAGUGUGAGAAGCCGCCGAUGCCUCAGAAAAAUAAUCCAUGGCAGCGAGUCACUAUUUGCCUCUUUGCGCCGUCUGGCUUCUAUUUUUUUCCUUUUCAAGUUCAUGGCGAUUUUGGUACCUGCGGUGUCUCCGUUCCCAUGUUGCAGUGUUAAUACCACCCCAAAAUUGGAUGUGUUCCCUGUCUAUUCUGAUUCCACCACCACAAUCUACCUUGGGAGAUGUGCAUCUCCAUGUCUCAUCAGUGUCAGUAAAAAAUGGAUCCCAGACACUGUGGCUCCCUGACCUUGGCCCUUGACGUCAUGUUUCCCUGGCCCCUGAUUGGCUGAUAUCAUUUCAGUUUUUUCACGCACCCAUUCAUUUGUGUUUGGUGACCUUGUUGGCGCUCCUCGUUCUGCGUGCUCCCCCAGUAAGCCGGAGACCUCCGCGAGAUUCAACAGACCUAAUUUGCUUCGGGAACGAAGCUAAAUUAUCCACAGCGUACUGUUCUCUGCGUCGCUACCUGCGGUGUCUCCUUGUGCUGAACUCGCAGUAAAAACUACUUGUAAGCACUGCCUCUCCCAGAACAAUCCUUCCCGGUCAAGUUGCGUUGAGCUUCCACCCCCAUGACUCAUUCGCCGUUUGUUGGCGAAUGGCGAUAGGUAGAGGAUUUGCCCCUUGUCAUUCACUGUGAAGCUGAGUCUGUGUACUCCCUCGGUG